AGAAUAUUUUGAAAUAUGAGUGAAAAUAAUGAAAUACAGUUUGAAAGUGAUAAAAAUAGUUUUGACAGUGGCAUCUUUUCGCACGAGAAUAUUAACUAUAACGAAAAUUUAAUAAACUAUAAUGAAAUUUUGAGAAAAUUGAAUGCUGAGAAAAAAUUUCGUGAUGAAUUGAGAAAACGUUUAAGUCAAUUAACUGAUCGCAGAGCCAAAAAAAAGAAACCAGAACCAUGUAAUGUUUGCUUUACAGAAUUAGAUGUUGAUGACAUUAAAAUUUGUGUACCUUGUUGCAGUUGCGAGAAAUCAAUAUGUCGUGGUAAAAACUGUUCUUAUUGGUUACCAAAAUCAGCAAGAUGGGAAUGCCAAUUAUGUAAUUUAAGUAAAGCAUCACAAUGUCGUACAACUGAAUGGAUUAAUAAACAAACAUUGGCCGAAAAUGAAAUUUAUCAUCCGAUGAAAGCCAGAAGUGAACUAAAUAUUCCAAUAAUAGAUGAUAGAAUGUCAAUGACAGGAAGCUUAAACUAUUUACCUGGGUACAGUCCUGCACCAUCAACAUAUGGCAUGAAUUUAGAUAGAGAAAAAAUAAGAAAUCAUGUUGAAGAUGUUUUAGCCGAAAUGCUUGGUGGUUCACUUGAUAAUAUUUCUGUUGGUCCAAUGUCAAGGAAUACGCAAUAUUUACCAUUAUGGGAGAGUAAUUCUUCAAAUAAUUUGGAUAAUAUUAAUCCUACUAAUAUAUCGCAUAUUAAAUUAAAGCGAUUAAUAGAAAGGAUUAUAGAUGAAACACUUCGAAUACCACAAUUAACUGAUUUUAGUGGAGUACCACAACAUUUAACAAGCAGUGAUAAUCUUUUACAACCACAUUAUGAGAGACGGCAUAAGAAUAGAAAUUCAAAUAGAAAAUAUAAUAAUAAAAUAAGUAAAAGUAAUGAUGAUUUUGGUUAUGACAUGAUAGAAGGAAAUAAUCCUCAAUAUUUUGACCCAAAAAGAUAUCAAGAGCUAUUGGCUACUGCUGUUUUAAAUAAGAUUGUAGAUACAUGUGCCACAGAAAGGAGAUCCGUCAGCGAGAGCUCCAUUAAAUGUAUUGAUAAUAAUCAAAAUAAAAUUCCCAUCACAACUGAAUUAUGUACUGAAUCUUCCUCAUCUAGUUCACAUGAUCCCCGAAGCGAUAGUAGCUUAACAGAUCCUGUACAAGAUAUUAAUCAUAACAAUUUAGCUUCACAUUUAUACGCCAAUGUCCUUAAUGAAAAUUUUGAUUUAGAAUCUGCAAUAAGUGAAAGUAGAGCAAGUUUUCGAAAUAUUCAAUCGGAUAAUGAUUCAUUCGAAGAUUAUGCUUCUGUAGCAUCAGGAGCUGAUAGUACUUGGGAAGAAAACUGGCUAUUUAAAAAGCGUAAAUUAUUAACACAUCCUACUGCUCCUAUUGGUAUGUUGGUUCCCGCCCCCAAAGAAGAUAUUAAAGCAAUGAUUGGAGAUAAAAGCGCUGAUGAAAUCAGUGAUUUUUCUGAAAAUGAAGAAAGUGAUGAAACCAAUGCGAAUAAUAACGAUUCUGGGCCUGAAAAUUAUAGAAUGCAAAAUAAAGUAGUAAUCGGGGGUCAGAAUGUUGUCGGUUUAUUUGACGACCUAAUGGAACAAACUAGUUUUAUAUCACAAACUAGUUCAGUGACUGACAAUGUUGUCCCUUAUAUCGAAACAAAAAAUGAUUAUGUUGACUAUAAAUAUGGCCUAAAUGUUACAGAAAAUUCAAACUUAGAUCUUAAUUGUACAGGUAUCACAUUGAAAACAGAGGCUGUUAAUACGGUUAUAGGAGUUAAUAUUGGAAAAAAUGAUGAUGAGAUAAAUGAGCAAAAAACUGAAAACAAUGAUAAUGCUGAGUGCAUGAACCUUAUAAAAUCAGAAAUUAAUCCACAAGCUACCGAUACUGAUCCUAAAGAAGCUGAAUCAAAUGAAAACGUAGAUAGUAAUUCAAAUACAGAUGAUCUAACGAUGGAGAGCCGAGGAAACCAAAGAAGACGACAUUCUGCUAUAGAAUUUUUAGCUGCAAUCGCACUCGGACCAGUUUUGACUGUUUUCUCUCCUGAUAUUGAGGAAGAUGUUUUAAAAACUAUUACAAAUAAAACUGACGUUGUGAGUAUUCUUACCGAUUCGGAAGAAGUUAUUUCAGAUGUUCCCGAAGAAAAAUACUACGAUGUCGAAAGCCCAUCCACUCAUCAUGGAAUGCCCUGUCCAAGUCCGAGUAUUGAAGCAACGGAAUCUGGUAUGUGCACGCCUACUACGAAACAAGCAAGCUCCGGAUAUGCAACUCCUGAAUCAGGAAUAUCAACUCCAAUUUUAAAACAUCGACUGGAAGACAUCGAAUCGGGCAAAAUUAGUCCAACAAAACAAGUACGAUUUAACGAGCAACCAGUAGUUAUAAAUAAUAAAAGAACUUCAUUUCAAAAUGGUAACAUAAGCGAUUCACUGAUUGCAAGUGCUUUUGUUGAUCAUAUUAUAAAAACUAUGGAAGAAAAGCAGUUAUGCAGUAAUGAUGAACCAAAUGGAAACUAUAGCAACUCAGAACAACGAGAUGAUUCUCAACAAGACAAAAUUGAUGGAAACAACCUCAGUGAAAUCGAUUCAAACCCCAUUUUGCUACCAUCAGAUGUUUUGCUACACAUAUCACAACUUCUAAGUGAUAUAGAAAUAGGACCACUAAAAUGUGAACUCCAAACUCCGGUACAGCCAUUACCUUUUGAUGACGAUUUAAAUAUUUUCAUCUGUCCACCUCCUCCUUCCAUGGAUGAAAUCAGAAUAGUUUUGCCCCAACCAGCCAAAGAGCUAAAAGAAAUUAAUGAGGUCAAAAAUAAGCUUGAGAGUCAUAUUAGCACAGAACACAGUGAUGAUAAUUACAAUAAAAAUGAAACUUUCCAAAUCGAAAUAGCAGAAUUGCCGCUUAAUCCUGCAACUAACGUAGGAGGUAAUUACGUAGAACUUUCUGAAGAUUCAACAGCAAAUAUUUCCUCAAAAAAUCUGGAAUAUGUAAACAAUAUUUCGGAACAGACAAAAAAAACAAAGUCGAUCCAAGAAUUAAAAACUGAAGUUUGUAUCGAACUGGAGACGACUCAAGUAACAAAACCAACAUUGCAAUCUGAAAAAUGUGAAACAAGCCCAAAACAAUCGUUGCAAGAAGAAAACUUACAAACUGACUCUCUAGAAAAGCCGUCAAAAGAAAAAUCGCCUGUGGACACAAUACCGACAAACUUAACAACUGAAAGUGAGAGCUUCCAAAAGACUUUAGACAAGAUAUCAACAGAAAUUUUACAAGAGGGUUCAAUCUCGAAAUGUGAAAAACAGCCAAAAAAACAGUCAGAAUUGGAAUCAAAUUUAAUAAAAAAGACUUCGGAAAGGCCCUCAUACGAAAAUUCACAAACGCAUGAAAUUUCAAAUAGGGUCUUAGUUGAAAUUCAAAAUUCAGAAGAAUUAAAAGACGCAAAACCUAUAGAAGAAGCAAAAACUGAUAAAUCUGUUAUAACUGAAUCCACUGAUAUAAAUAAAACAAAAGUGCCUACCCAGCCGGAAAAUACUACGCAGCUCAAACAAAAUCAACUCCCUGACACAACAAUAACUCAAUCAAUCAGUGAAAUAAAAUCAGAACAACAUUCAGAAACGAAAUCAAAUUUUGUAAAAGAUACUUCAGAAAAGAUACCAAUUGAAAUUUCACGAGCGGUCGGCUGUUCUGAUAAUACGUCAAUUGAAGUUCAAAGUUUAGUGCAAGCAAAAGAGGAAAAGCCUAUCGAAGAAUCAAAAGCCGAUAGUUCUGUCGUAAGUGAAUCCAUUAAAAUAAAAGAAACAGAAAUGCUAUCUCAACUUGAAGAUACUACGCAACUGACUCAGAAUGAACUCUCUGAUACAACAACUACUCAACCAGUUACUGAAAAAAAGCCACAACAUUCUGAACCGGUAACAAAUUCAGUAAAAGAUACUUCAGACACGAUAUCAUCAAUCCAAAGUUCACAAGCGAAUGCAUGUUCUGAUAAAAUGUCAGUUGAAGUUCAAAAUUUAGUGCAAACAAAACAGGUAAAGCUUAUUGAAGACGCAAAAACCGAUAGUUCUAUCGUUAAUGAAUGCACUGCAAUAAAAGAAACGCAAGUGCCACUUCAACCUGAAAAUACUACGCAACUGAAUCAAAAUGAACUCUCCGACACAAAAAUUACUCAACCAGCUAGUGAAAAUAAGCCACAACAUUCAGAACCUGUAACAAAUUCAGUAAAAAAUACUUCAGAAACAAUAUCAAUCGAAUGUUCACAAACAGUUGGCUGUUCUGAUAAUACGUCAGUUGAAGUUCAAAAUUUAGUACAAGAAAAAGUAGAAAAGCCUAUCGAAGAAGCAAAAACUGAUAGUUCUGCCGUAGUUGAAUCACCUGAAAUAAAAGAAAUAGAGGAGCCACCUCAACUUGCAAAUAUUGCGCAACUCAAUCAAAAUGAGCCUCCUGUUACAACAAUAAUUCAACCAGUUAGUGAAAAUAAGCCACAACAUUCAGAACCGGUAACAAAUUCAGUAAAAGAUACUUCAGAAACGAUAUCAAUCGAAGGAUCACAAGCGGUCGACUCUUCAGAUAAUACCUCAAAUGAAGUUCAAAAUUUAGUGAAAGCAAAAGAGGAAAAGCCUAUCGAAGAAGCAAAAACCGAUAGUUCUGUCGUAAGUGAAUCCACUGAAAUAAAAGAAACAGAAAUGCCAUCUCAACUUGAAGAUACUACGCAACUGACUCUGAAUGAACUCUGUGACACAACAACUACUCAACCAGUUACUGAAAAAAAGCCACAACAUUCUGAACCGGUAACAAAUUCAGUAAAAGAUACUUCAGACACGAUAUCAUCAAUCCAAAGUUCACAAGCGAAUGCAUGUUCUGAUAAAAUGUCAGUUGAAAUUCAAAAUUUAGUGCAAACAAAACAGGUAAAGCUUAUCGAAGACGCAAAAACCGAUAGUUCUAUCGUUAAUGAAUGCACUGCAAUAAAAGAAACGCAUGUGCCACUUCAACCUGAAAAUACUACGCAACUGAAUCAAAAUGAACUCUCCGACAUAAAAAUUACUCAACCAGCUAGUGAAAAUAAGCCACAACAUUCAGAACCUGUAACAAAUUCAGUAAAAAAUACUUCAGAAACAAUAUCAAUCGAAUUUUCACAAACAGUUGGCUGUUCUGAUAAUACGUCAGUUGAAGUUCAAAAUUUAGUACAAGAAAAAGUAGAAAAGCCUAUCGAAGAAGCAAAAACUGAUAGUUCUACCGUAGUUGAAUCAACUGAAAUAAAAGAAAUAGAGGAGCCACCUCAACCUGCAAGUGUUGCACAACUCAAUCAAAAUGACCUUCCUGUUACAACAAUAACACAACCAGUUAGUGAAAAUAAGCCACAAUAUUCAGAACCGGGAACAAUUUCAGUAAAAGAUACUUCAGAAACGAUAUCAAUCGAAAGAUCACAAGCGGUCGGCUGUUCUGAUAAUACAUCAGUUGAAGUUCAAAAUUUAGUAGAAGUAAUAGAGGUAAAACCUAUCGAAGAACCAAAAACCGAUAGUUCUGUCGUAAAUGAUUCCACUCAAAUAAAAGAAACACAAUUGCCACCUCAACCUGAAAAUACUACGCAACUUAAUCAAAAUGAACUCUCUGAUAAAACAACUGCUCAAUCAGUUAGUGAAAAUAAGCCAAAACAUUCAGAACCGGUAAUAAAUUCAGUAAAAAAUACUUCAGAAACAAUAUCAAUCGAAAGUUCACAAGCGGUCGGCUGUUCUGAUAAUAACUCAGUUGAAGUUCAAAAUUUAGUAGAAGUAAAAGAGCUAAAACCUAUUGAAGAAGCAAAAACUGAUAGUUCUGCCAUAAAUAAUUCCACUGUAAUUAAAGCAACAGAAGUGCCACAUCAACUUGAAAGCACUGCGCAACUGAAUCAAAAUAACUUUGAUACAAAAAUUACUCAACCAGCUAGUGAAAAUAAGCCACAACAUUCAGAAACGGUAGCAAAUUCAGUGAAAGAUACUUCAAAAACGUCAGUUGAAGUUCAAAAUUUAGUACAAGAAAAAGUAGAAAAGCCUAUCGAAGAAGCAAAAACUGAUAAUUCUGUCGUAAAUGAAUCCAUUAAAAUAAAAGAAACAGAAGUGCCACCUCAACUUGAAAGCACUGCGCAACUGAAUCAAAAUAACUCUGAUACAACAAUAACGCAGCCAGUUAGUGAAAAUAAGCCACAACAUUCAGAACCGGUAACAAAUUCAGUAAAAGAUACUUUAGAAACGAUAUCAAUCGAAAGCUCACAAGCGGUCGGCUGUUCUGAUAAUACGUCAGAUGAAGUUCAAAAUUUAGUAGAAGUAAAAGCGGUGAAGCAUAUUGAAGAAGCAAAAACUGAUAGUUCUAUGGUAAAUGAAUCAACUGAAAUAAAGGCAACAGAAGUGCCACCUCAACUUGAAAAUAUAGAUCAACUGAAUCAAAAUAACUCUGAUACAACAAUAAUUCAACCAGUUAGUGAAAAUAAACCACAACAUUCAGAGGCGGUGACAAAUUCAGUUAAAGAUACUUCAGAAAAUAUAUCAAUCGAAAGUUCACAAGCGGUCGGCUGUUCUGAUAAUAACUCAGUUGAAGUUCAAAAUUUAGUAGAAGUAAUAGAGGUAAAACCUAUCGAAGAACCAAAAACCGAUAGUUCUGUCGUAAAUGAUUCCACUCAAAUAAAAGAAACACAAUUGCCACCUCAACCUGAAAAUACUACGCAACUUAAUCAAAAUGAACUCUCUGAUACAACAACUGCUCAAUCAGUUAGUGAAAAUAAGCCAAAACAUUCAGAACCGGUAAUAAAUUCAGUAAAAAAUACUUCAGAAACAAUAUCAAUCGAAAGUUCACAAGCGGUCGGCUGUUCUGAUAAUAACUCAGUUGAAGUUCAAAAUUUAGUAGAAGUAAUAGAGGUAAAACCUAUUGAAGAACCAAAAACCGAUAGUUCUGUCGUAAAUAUAUCCACUCAAACAAAAGAAAUAGAAGUGCCAUCUCAACUUGAAAAUACUACGCAAAUGAAUCAAAAUGAACUCUCUGAUACAACAACUGCUCAAUCAGUUAGUGAAAAUAAGCCACAACAUUCAGAACCGGUAAUAAAUUCAGUAAAAAAUACUUCAGAAACAAUAUCAAUCGAAAGUUCACAAGCGGUCGGCUGUUCUGAUAAUAACUCAGUUGAAGUUCAAAAUUUAGUAGAAGUAAAAGAGGUAAAACCUAUUGAAGAAGCAAAAACUGAUAGUUCUGCCAUAAAUAAUUCCACUGUAAUUAAAGCAACAGAAGUGCCACAUCGACUUGAAAGCACUGCGCAACUGAAUCAAAAUAACUUUGAUACAAAAAUUACUCAACCAGCUAGUGAAAAUAAGCCACAACAUUCAGAAACGGUAGCAAAUUCAGUGAAAGAUACUUCAAAAACGGCAUCAAUCGAAAAUUCACAAGCGGACGGCUGUUCUGAUAAUACGUCAGUUGAAGUUCAAAAUUUAGUGCAAGAAAAAGUAGAAAAGCCUAUCGAAGAAGCGAAAACUGAUAGUUCUGUCGUAAGUGAAUCAACUGAACUAAAAGAAAUAGUGGAGCCACCUCAACCUGCAAGUGUUGCACAACUCAAUCAAAAAGACCUUCCUGUUACAACAAUAACACAACCAGUUAGUGAAAAUAAGCCACAAUAUUCAGAACCGGGAACAAUUUCAGUAAAAGAUACUUCAGAAACGAUAUCAAUCGAAAGAUCACAAGCGGUCGGCUGUUCUGAUAAUACAUCAGUUGAAGUUCAAAAUUUAGUAGAAGUAAUAGAGGUAAAGCCUAUUGAAGAAUCAAAAACUGAUAGUUCUGUCGUAAAUGAUUCCACUGAAAUAAAAGAAACACAAUUGCCACCUCAACUUGAAAAUACUACACAGCUUAAUCAAAAUGAACUCUCUGAUACAACAACUACUCAACCAGUUAGUGAAAAUAAGCCGCAACAUUCUGAAACGGUAGCAAAUUUAGUAAAAGAUACUUCAGAAACGAUAUCAAUCGAAAGAUCACAAGCGGUCGGCUGUUUUGAUAAUACAUCAGUUGAAGUUCAAAAUUUAGUAGAAGUAAUGGAGGUAAAACCUAUCGAAGAACCAAAAACCGAUAGUUCUGUCGUAAAUGAUUCCACUCAAAUAAAAGAAACACAAUUGCCACCUCAACCUGAAAAUACUACGCAACUUAAUCAAAAUGAACUCUCUGAUACAACAACUGCUCAAUCAGUUAGUGAAAAUAAGCCAAAACAUUCAGAACCGGUAAUAAAUUCAGUAAAAAAUACUUCAGAAACGAUACCAAUCGAAAGUUCACAAGCGGUCGGCUGUUCUGAUAAUACGUCAAAUGAAGCUCAAAAUUUAGUGCAAGCAAAAGAGGUAAAGCCUAUCGAAGAACCAAAAACUGAUAGUUCUGUAAAUGAAUCAACUGCAAUAAAUCAGAAUCAACUCUCCGAUACAAAAACCACUCAACCAGUUAGUGAAAAUAAGCCACAACAUUCAGAAAUGGUAGAAGAUUCAGUAAAAGAUACUUCAGAAACGAUAUCAAUAGAAAAUUCACAAGCGGACACACGUUCUGAUAAUAUGUUAGUUGCAGUUCAAAAUUUGGCGCAAGUAAAAGUGGAAAAACCUAUCGAAGAAGCAGAAACUGGUAGCUCUGUCGUAAGUGAGCCAACUGAAAUAAAAGAAACAGAAGUGCCACCUCAACCUGAAAAUGCAGCGCAACUGAAUCACAAUGAACUCUCUGAUAGAAAAAUCACUAAACCAGUUAGUGAAAAUAAGCCAGAACAUUCAGAACCGGUAAGAAAUUCAGAACCGGUAGUUAUUUCAGUAAAAGAUACUUCAGAAACGAUAUCAAUCGAAAGCUCACACGCGAUCGGCGAUUCUGAUGAUACGUCAGUUGAAGUUCAGAAUUUAGUAGAAGUAAAAGAAGUAAAGCCUAUCGAAGAAGCAAAAACUGGUAGUUCUGUGGUAAGUGACUGUCAACUUGAAAAUACUACGCAACUGAAUCAAAAUGAACUCUCUGAUACAACAAUAACUCAACCAGCUAGUAAAAAUAACUCACAACAUUCAGAAAUGGUAGAAAAUUCAGUUAAAGAUACUUCAGAAACGAUCGAAACUUCACUAGCGGGCGAAAUUUCUGAUAAAAAGUCAGUUGAAAUUCAAAAUUCAGAACAAGUACAACACAUAGAGCUUAUAGGAGAAACAAAUACUAAUUCUCUCGCAAGUGAAUCAACUGCAAUAAAAGAACCAGAAGUGACAGUUCAAUCUAAAAACACAACAGAAUUCGGUCAAAUCGAGCUUCAUAAUUUAACACAAAAUAAGGCAACUACUGAAAUAAAACCACAACAGCAAGCACAAGUGGAAUCAAAUUUAAAAGCAGAAAUUUUGAAAAAGCCACUAAUCGAAAGCUCACAUGCGGAUACCAUUUUGGAAAGCGAAAAACAACCACAAAAGAGAUCAGAAGUUAAAGCAGAAAUAAUAGAAACAUCGGAAACGCCAUCAAAUGAAAGAUCAGAAGUGGAUGUAACUGUUAAAAAUAAAUCAAAUGUAAUACAAAAUUCAGGAAAAGAAAACGACACGAAGCCUAUCGAAAACGUGAAAACUGAUGGUUCCGUCACUUCCAAUGAAAUUUUUGAAAUAAAAAGACUGCAACCUGAAAAUACUAUACAACUGGAUCAAAUUAAACUUCCUAAUACAUCAGUACCUCAAUCAGCUAGUGAAAUAAAGCCAAAACCACACUCAGAAGAAGAAUUAAGUUCACCAAGAAACGUUUUGGAAAUUAUAUCAACUGAAAGAUCACCUGUGGAUGUAGCUUUGGAUAGUGAAACACAACAACAACCAAAAGUGAAAUCUAAAUUAACAGAAGAAGUUUCAGAAAAGUGUUUAAGCAAAAGUUCACAAGACAAAAAAGUUUCAGAAAAAAACGCAGUUGAAAUUAAAGAUUCAGGACAAGAAAAUAAUGCUAAACCUAUCGAAGAAGUAAAAUCUGCUAGUUCCGUCUUGAAUGAAUCUACUGACUCAAAAGAAACAGAAGUGUCAGUCCAAAUUCAAAUUGCAACUGAACUAGAUGAAAUUGAAAUUCGUUGUUCUACUAAAAAUGAGGAAAGUGAAGAAAUAAAACCACAGCGGGAAGCACAAGUGGAAGCAAAUUUAAUAAAAGAAACUUCCGAAAAACUAUCAAUUGAAAAUUCGCAAGUGGAUGCAACUUCGGAAAAUGAAACAAAAUUACAACCACAAUCAGAGGUGGAAUCGAAUUUAAUUAAAAAAACUUUAGAAAAGCCAUCAUUUGAAAAUUCAAUACCGAAUGCAGCUUCAAAUAACAUGUUAGCUGAAAUUCAAAAUUCAGAAGAAGUAAAAGAAACAAAGCUUAUAAAAGAAGUAAAAACUAGUCCUGUUAUAACUAAAUCAGUUGUAAUAAUGGAAGCAGAAGUGUCUGCUAAACUUGAAAAUAAUAUGGAAUUUCCAAAAAUGGAAAUUGUAAUUUCUAGGACAAAAGAUGGUGAGGAAAACAAUGAAACAAAGUUGAAACAACAUCCUCAAGAGGAGUUAGAUGUAAUGAAAACCACUUUAGAAACAUGUUUAAUCGAAGAUGUACAACUGAAUGAAACUUUGAAAGUUGAAACUCCUUUGUUGAAACCACUAAACGAAACAAACCCCGUCAAAGAACAAAAAUUUGAUACUACUGUCGAAACUGAGUCGCCUUCAACAAAAGAAAAUGAAUUCAAAUCCGGACCUGCAAAUACUAAAGAACUGAAUCAAAUGGUGGUGGGUGAUGCAACCAUUCAACUAAUGCGUGACACAAAAUUACAAGAACAGAGCCAAGGGGAGGCACUUUUAAUAGGAAAUGAAAGUCGAAAACUUGAUAUAAGUACAGAAACGGAGCCUAUCAAAACACUAAAAGACACGGCAAUAAAAGAAUUACCCGAGUUAAACACAGUGUAUGAAUUAGACGAUGAUAUUAUUAACUGUCAAACUUUUGAAAUAAUUUUACCACCACCUUUUGAAUUUCAAAACACUUCAGAGGAUGGAAGUUCCACCAAUAAACUAUUUAUAUCAAGUCAAAAUGAAAUUGUUAACGAAAGUUUAAAAAUAUCAUCACAAAAUAAAGAGACAACUUUAAAAUAUCAAUUACAAUCGGAACUGAAACCACAAUUCGAAGAAGCUUCUGAAAAGCCAUCAAAUGAAAAUUCACAAACAGUUGUAAUUGAAAAUUCACAAAAGCAAACAAAAAAUAAGCCUUUCGGAGAAGCAAAAGCGGAUAGCUCUGCUUUCGACGAAACCGAAGAAAUAAAAGUAAGACAAGUGCAAGCUCAACCUAAACAUACUGCACUACUAAAUGAAAAUGAAUUCCCUAAUACAAAAAUCACUCAAUCAAUCAGUGAAAUAGCGUUAGAACACUCAGAAACGGAAUCAAAUUCCAUAAGAGACACCUCAGAAACGAUAUCACUCGAAAGUUCACAAUUGGAUGUCAGCUCUAUAAAUAAGGAAGUUGAAGUUCAAAGCUUAGUACAAGUUAAAGACGAAAAAACUAAAGAAGAAACAAAAACUGAUAGUUCUAUGGUAAAUGAAUCCACCGAAAUAAAAGAAACAGAAGUUGCACUUCAACUUGAAAAUACUACGCAACUGAAUCAGAAUGAACUCUCUGAUACAACAAUCACUCAACCAGUCAGUGAAAAUAAGUCACAACAUUCAGAACCGGUAAAAAAUUCAGUAAAAGAUACUUUAGAAAGGAUAUCAAUCGAAAGCUCACAAGCGGUCGGCUGUUCUGAUAAUACGUCAGUUGAAGUUCAAAAUUUAGUUGAAGUAAAAGAGGUAAAGCCUAUCCAACAAGCAAAAACUGAUCGGUCUAUGAUAUAUGAAUCUACUGAAGUAACAGCAACAGAAGUGCCACUUCAACUUGAAAAUACAGCGCAACUGAAUCAAAAUGAACUCUCUGAUAUAAAAAUAACUCAACCAGCUUUUGAAAAUAAGCCACAGCAUUCAGAACCGGUAGCAAAUUCAGUAAAAGAUACUUCAGAAACAAUAUCAAUCGAAAGUUCACAAGCGGUCGGCUGUUCUGAUAAUACGUCAGUUGAAGUUCAAAAUUUAGUAGAAGUAAAAGAGGUAAAACCUAUUGAAGAAGCAAAAACUGAAACUUCUGUCGUAAAUGAAUCCACUGAAAUAAAAGAAACAGAAGUGCCAUCUCAACUUCAAAAUACUACGCAACUGAAUAAGAAUGAACUCUCUGAUACAACAAUAACGCAGCCAGUUAGAGAAAAUAAGCCACAGCAUUCAGAACCGGUAGCAAAAACAGUAAAAGAUACUUCAGAAACGAUAUCAAUCGAAAGCUCACAAGCAGUCGGCUGUUCUGAUAAUACGUCUGUUGAAGUUCAAAAUUUAGUAGAAGUAAAAGAGGUAAAACCUAUUGAAGAAGCAAAAACUGAUAGUUCUGUCGUAAAUGAAUCAACUGAAAUAAAAGAAACAGAAGUGCCAUCUCAACUUGAAAAUACUACGCAACUGAAUAAGAAUGAACUCUCUGAUACAACAAUCACUCAACCAGUCAGUGAAAAUAAGCCAAAACAUUCAGAACCGCUAACAAAUUCAGUAAAAGAUACUUUAGAAACGAUAUCAAUCGAAAGCUUACAAGCGGUCGGCUGUUCCGAUAAUACGUCAGUUGAAGUUCAAAAUUUAGUAGAAGUAAAAGAGGUAAAACCUAUUGAAGAAGCAAAAACUGAUAAUUCUGUUGUAAAUGAAUCCACUAAAAUAAAAGAAACAGAAGUGCCACCUCAACUUGAAAGCACUUCGCAACUGAAUCAAAAUAACUCUGAUACAACAAUAACGCAGCCAGUUAGUGAAAAUAAUUCACAACAUUCAGAACCGGUAACAAAUUCAGUAAAAGAUACUUUAGAAAGGAUAUCAAUCGAAAGCUCACAAGCGGUCGGCUGUUCUGAUAAUACGUCAGAUGAAGUUCAAAAUUUAGUAGAAGUAAAAGCGGUGAAGCAUAUUGAAGAAGCAAAAACUGAUAGUUCUAUGGUAAAUGAAUCCACUGAAAUAAAGGCAACAGAAGUGCCACCUCAACUUGAAAAUAUAGAUCAACUGAAUCAAAAUAACUCUGAUACAACAAUAAUUCAACCAGUUAGUGAAAAUAAACCACAACAUUCAGAGGCGGUGACAAAUUCAGUUAAAGAUACUUCAGAAAAUAUAUCAAUCGAAAGUUCACAAGCGGUCGGCUGUUCUGAUAAUAACUCAGUUGAAGUUCAAAAUUUAGUAGAAGUAAAAGAGGUAAAACCUAUUGAAGAAGCAAAAACUUAUAGUUCUGCCAUAAAUGAUUCCACUGUAAUUAAAGCAACAGAAGUGCCACAUCAACUUGAAAGCACUGCACAACUGAAUCAAAAUAACUCUGAUACAACAAUAACCCAGCCAGUUAGUGAAAAUAAGCCACAGCAUUCAGAACCGGUAGCAAAUUCAGUAAAAGAUACUUCAGAAACUAUAUCAAUCGAAAGUUCACAAGCGGUCGGCGGUUCUGAUGAUACGUCAGUUGAAGUUCAGAAUUUAGUAGAGGUAAAAGAGGUAAAACCUAUCGAAGAAGCAAAAAAUGAUAGUUCUUUGGUAAAUGAAUCCACUGAAAUAAAAGAAACAGAAGUGCCAUCUCAACUUCAAAAUAUAGAUCAACUGAAUCAAAAUAACUCUGAUACAACAAUAAUUCAACCAGUUAGUGAAAAUAAGCCACAACAUUCAGAGGCGGUAACAAAUUCAGUUAAAGAUACUUCAGAAACGAUAUCAAUCGAAAGUUCACAAGCAGUUGGUUGUUCUGAUAAUACGUCAGUUGAAGUUCAAAAUUUAGUAGAAGUAAAAGAGGUAAAACCUAUUGAAGAAGCAAAAACUGAUAGUUCUGCCAUAAAUGAUUCCACUGUAAUUAAAGCAACAGAAGUGCUACAUCAACUUGAAAGCACUGCGCAACUGAAUCAAAAUAACUCUGAUACAAUAAUAACCCGACCAGUUAGUGAAAAUAAGCCACAGCAUUCAGAACCGGUACCAAAUUCUGUUAAAGAUACUUCAGAAACAAUAUCAAUCGAAAGUUCACAGGCGGUCGGCUGUUCUGAUAAUACGUCAGUUGAAGUUCAAAAUUUAGUACAAGUAAAAGAGGUAAAACCUAUUGAAGAAGCAAAAACUGAUAGUUCUGCCAUAAAUGAUUCCACUGUAAUAAAAGCAACAGAAGUGCCACAUCAACUUGAAAGCACUGCGCAACUGAAUCAAAAUAACUCUGAUACAACAAUAAUUCAACCAGUUAGUGAAAAUAAGCCACAACAUUCAGAGGCGGUAACAAAUUCAGUAAAAGAUACUUCAGAAACUAUAUCAAUCGAAAGUUCACAAGCAGUUGGCUGUUCUGAUAAUACGUCAGUUGAAGUUCAAAAUUUAGUAGAAGGAAAAGAAGUAAAACCUAUUGAAGAAGCAAAAACUGAUAGCUCUGCCAUAAACGAUUCCACUGUAAUUAAAGCAACAGAAGUGCCACAUCAACUUGAAAACACUGCGCAACUGAAUCAAAAUAACUCUGAUACAACAAUAACCCAAUCAGUUAGUGAAAAUAAGCCACACCAUUCAGAACCGGUAGCAAAUUCAGUAAAAGAUACUUCAGAAACAAUAUCAAUCGAAAGUUCACAAGUGGUCGGCUGUUGUGAUAAUACGUCAGUUGAAGUUCAAAAUUUAGUAGAAGUAAAAGAGGUAAAGCAUAUUGAAGAAGCAAAAACUGAUAGUUCUAUGGUAAAUGAAUCCACUGAAAUAAAAGCAAAAGAAGUGCCACCUCAACUUGAAAAUACAGUACAACUGAAUCAAAAUGAACUCUCUGAUAUAAAAAUAACUGAACCAGUUAGUGAAAAUAAGCCACAGCAUUCAGAACCAGUAGCAAAUUCAGUAAAAGAUACUUCAGAAACAAUAUCAAAUGAAAGUUCACAAGCAGUCGGCUGUUCUGAUAAUACGUCAGUUGAAGUUCAAAAUUUAGUAGAAGUAAAAGCGGUAAAGCCUAGUGAAGAAGCAAAAACUGAUAGUUCUAUUGUAAAUGAAUCCACUGAAAUAAAAGCAAAAGAAGUGCCACCUCAACUUGAAAAUACAGUAGAACUGAAUGAAAGUGAACUCUCUGAUACAACAACAACCCAAUCAGUUAGUGAAAAUAAGCCACAGCAUUCAGAACCGGUAGCAAAUUCAGUAAAAGAUACUCCAGAAACGAGAUUAAUCGAAAGUUCACAAGCGGUCGGCUGUUCUGAUAAUACGUCAGUUGAAGUUCAAAAUUUAGUACAAGUAAAAGAGGUAAAGCCUAUCGAAGAAGCAAAAACUGAUAGUUCUGCCAUAAAUGAUUCCACUGUAAUAAAAGCAACAGAAGUGCCACAUCAACAUGAAAGCACUGCGCAACUGAAUCAAAAUAACUCUGAUACAACAAUAACCCAACCAGUUAGUGAAAAUAAGCCACAGCAUUCAGAACCGGUACCAAAUUCUGUUAAAGAUACUUCAGAAACAAUAUCAAUCGAAAGUUCACAAGCGGUCGGCUGUUCUGAUAAUACGUCAGUUGAAGUUCAAAAUUUAGUACAAGUAAAAGAGAUAAAACCUAUUGAAGAAGCAAAAACUGAUAGUUCUGCCAUAAAUGAUUCCACUGUAAUAAAAGCAACAGAAGUGCCACAUCAACUUGAAAGCACUGCGCAACUGAAUCAAAAUAACUCUGAUACAACAAUAAUUCAACCAGUUAGUGAAAAUAAGCCACAACAUUCAGAGGCGGUAACAAAUUCAGUAAAAGAUACUUCAGAAACGAUAUCAAUCGAAAGUUCACAAGCAGUUGGCUGUUCUGAUAAUACGUCAGUUGAAGUUCAAAAUUUAGUAGAAGGAAAAGAAGUAAAACCUAUUGAAGAAGCAAAAACUGAUAGCUCUGCCAUAAACGAUUCCACUGUAAUUAAAGCAACAGAAGUGCCACAUCAACUUGAAAACACUGCGCAACUGAAUCAAAAUAACUCUGAUACAACAAUAACCCAACCAGUUAGUGAAAAUAAGCCACACCAUUCAGAACCGGUAGCAAAUUCAGUAAAAGAUACUUCAGAAACAAUAUCAAUCGAAAGUUCACAAGUGGUCGGCUGUUGUGAUAAUACGUCAGUUGAAGUUCAAAAUUUAGUAGAAGUAAAAGAGGUAAAGCAUAUUGAAGAAGCAAAAACUGAUAGUUCUAUGGUAAAUGAAUCCACUGAAAUUAAAGCAAAAGAAGUGCCACCUCAACUUGAAAAUACAGUACAACUGAAUCAAAAUGAACUCUCUUAUAUAAAAAUAACUGAACCAGUUAGUGAAAAUAAGCCACAGCAUUCAGAACCAGUACCAAAUUCUGUUAAAGAUACUUCAGAAACAAUAUCAAUCGAAAGUUCACAAGCGGUCGGCUGUUCUGAUAAUACGUCAGUUGAAGUUCAAAAUUUAGUACAAGUAAAAGAGAUAAAACCUAUUGAAGAAGCAAAAACUGAUAGUUCUGCCAUAAAUGAUUCCACUGUAAUAAAAGCAACAGAAGUGCCACAUCAACUUGAAAGCACUGCGCAACUGAAUCAAAAUAACUCUGAUACAACAAUAAUUCAACCAGUUAGUGAAAAUAAGCCACAACAUUCAGAGGCGGUAACAAAUUCAGUAAAAGAUACUUCAGAAACGAUAUCAAUCGAAAGUUCACAAGCAGUUGGCUGUUCUGAUAAUACGUCAGUUGAAGUUCAAAAUUUAGUAGAAGGAAAAGAAGUAAAACCUAUUGAAGAAGCAAAAACUGAUAGCUCUGCCAUAAACGAUUCCACUGUAAUUAAAGCAACAGAAGUGCCACAUCAACUUGAAAACACUGCGCAACUGAAUCAAAAUAACUCUGAUACAACAAUAACCCAACCAGUUAGUGAAAAUAAGCCACAGCAUUCAGAACCGGUAGCAAAUUCAGUAAAAGAUACUUCAGAAACAAUAUCAAUCGAAAGUUCACAAGUGGUCGGCUGUUGUGAUAAUACGUCAGUUGAAGUUCAAAAUUUAGUAGAAGUAAAAGAGGUAAAGCAUAUUGAAGAAGCAAAAACUGAUAGUUCUAUGGUAAAUGAAUCCACUGAAAUAAAAGCAAAAGAAGUGCCACCUCAACUUGAAAAUACAGUACAACUGAAUCAAAAUGAACUCUCUUAUAUAAAAAUAACUGAACCAGUUAGUGAAAAUAAGCCACAGCAUUCAGAACCAGUAGCAAAUUCAGUAAAAGAUACUUCAGAAACAAUAUCAAAUGAAAGUUCACAAGCAGUCGGCUGUUCUGAUAAUACGUCAGUUGAAGUUCAAAAUUUAGUAGAAGUAAAAGCGGUAAAGCCUAGUGAAGAAGCAAAAACUGAUAGUUCUAUUGUAAAUGAAUCCACUGAAAUAAAAGCAAAAGAAGUGCCACCUCAACUUGAAAAUACAGUAGAACUGAAUGAAAGUGAACUCUCUGAUACAACAACAACCCAAUCAGUUAGUGAAAAUAAGCCACAGCAUUCAGAACCGGUAGCAAAUUCAGUAAAAGAUACUCCAGAAACGAGAUUAAUCGAAAGUUCACAAGCGGUCGGCUGUUCUGAUAAUACGUCAGUUGAAGUUCAAAAUUUAGUACAAGUAAAAGAGGUAAAGCCUAUCGAAGAAGCAAAAACUGAUAGUUCUAUGAUAAAUGAAUCCACUGAAAUAAAAGAAAUAGCAGUGUCAUCUCAUUCUGCAAAUAUUGCGCAACUUAAUCAAAAUAAACUCUCUGAUACAACAAUAACCCAACCAGUUAGUGAGAAUAAGCCACAGCAUUCAGAACCGGUAGCAAAUUCAGUAAAAGAUACUUCAGAAACAAUAUCAAUCGAAAGUUCACAAGCGGUCGGCUGUUGUGAUAAUACGUCAGUUGAAGUUCAAAAUUUAGUAGAAGUAAAAGCGGUAAAGCCUAGUGAAGAAGCAAAAACUGAUAGUUCUAUUGUAAAUGAAUCCACUGAAAUAAAAGCAAAAGAAGUGCCACCUCAACUUGAAAAUACAGUAGAACUGAAUGAAAGUGAACUCUCUGAUACAACAAUAACCCAAUCAGUUAGUGAAAAUAAGCCACAACAUUCAGAACCGUUAACAAAUUCAGGAAAAGAUACUUCAGAAACAAUAUCAUUCGAAAGUUCACAGGCGGUCGGUAGUUCUGAUAACACGUCAGUUGAAGUUCAAAAUUUAGUAGAAGUAAAAGAGGUAAAACCUAUUGAAGAAGCAAAAACUGAUAGUUCUGCCAUAAACGAUUCCACUGUAAUUAAAGCAACAGAAGUGCCACAUCAACUUGAAAGCACUGCGCAACUGAAUCAAAAUAACUCUGAUACAACAAUAACCCAACCAGUUAGUGAAAAUAAGCCACAGCAUUCAGAACCGGUAGCAAAUUCAGUAAAAGAUACUUCAGAAACAAGAUUAAUCGAAAGUUCACAGGCGCUCGGCUGUUCUGAUAAUACGUCAGUUGAAGUUCAAAAUUUAGUAGAAGUAAAAGAGGUAAAACCUAUUGAAGAACCAAAACCUGAUAGUUCUGCCAUAAAUGAUUCCACUGUAAUAAAAGAAACAAAAGUGCCACCUCAACUUGAAAAUACUACGCAACUGAAUCAAAAUGAACUCCUUGCUACAACAAUAACUCAACAAAUUAAGGAUCUUUUUAAUAUUGAAGAAAUGCGCGAGAAACAACAACUUGCUUCAGAAACUGGGGAUGGUUCGAAAACAGAUUUUAUAAUACCACCACCAUUUGACUUCUCAAAUGAAAUAAAUCUGGAAGCGGCACAGUUAGAUAUAGUACAAGCAUCAAAGUUAAAUAAUCCAAUAAAUCUCGAAACUACGAACAAUGAAAUUUUACAAAAAAAUUUAGUACAAAACGAAUUAGAAGACUAUCAAUCAAUAAAUGAGAAAAAUAUGCUGGAAAAAUAUAUAGAAAACGAGGAAACAGAACAAGAGAAUAUUGGCGAAGGGUCUAAAAAUCUUAAAUGUGAUAAUAUAAUAGAUAAAGAAACAAUACCGCUUAAUUUCGAACAUAAAAAUAAUAUCAUCGAAGAUCCGCCGUCCUUGUCACAACCUGGAGUAAAAAAUAUCAUUAUUGAUGUAUCGUUAACACAGGGUCCAAUCUUAAAUAAACAAUCAUCGAAAGAAAAUCAAAUGGUAACAGAUUUUUUAAAUAAUAAAAAGCCAAUUGAUUUACCUGAAAGUUUAGACAAUAAAAUAAAUUCCCAGGCUUCGUCUGAAACAACCCAACCUUUCCAAAGUACUAUAUCAAUUGCCAGAGAAAUAAAAUCACAUGAAGAACAUAUUUCAUCAUCUGGAGAACCUUCCAGAGUGGAGAUUUUAAAUAUUCUACCGAAAGAAGAAAUACCACAUGAAAACUCCUUAAUUUUAACUUCUGCAAUAAGCAAUCAAACAGAGAAAGAAAUCAAUUUGACAACAGGUGCUACAAAAAAAAAAGAAUUGUUUGAUGUACCUGACCUACAAAGUGAAAUCAACGUAGUAUCUGAUAAUAGUUCAUUUCCUCUCGAUAAAAUUAAUACGCCGAUACUUAAAAGCAUAGAUUCAGAUGAAAAUAGAUCAGUUUUAUUUGAAAAAAUUUCUGAUAGUCAACCAUUAAAUGAAUCAAAUGAGCAAAGUAAAUUAUUGGAAGAAUUAGAGGACGAAAAAUCUGUAGAUUUAGAAAAAACUUUAUCACUCGAAAGAACAAGCUCUGAUUCUACAAUUACAGACGAAAGUACUCAUACAAUUUUAGAUGCAAACGAAGAAGCACAAAUCGCAAAGGAAAAUUAUAAUCAGCAUUUAACAAAAGUUUAUGUAAACGGUAAUAGUGAACAAGAAGUUGUUUUAUGCGACGAAUCUUCUGAUAUUGAUAAUGUAGUGCAUGAAAGUAAACAAGUAACAAAUAAUAUGGAAGAUAGUGACCGUAAUUUACUUGAUAAUAAAAUAUCAACCUUAACAAUAAAUAUUAGUAGUAACAACCUAACAACUAGUGAUAAAAUUACUGAUUCAAACAAUAACAUAAAUACUAACACUGUAACAAAAAUUGAUAAUUCAAAAAUUCUGGACGAUGGUACUAACAUACCUAAUGAACAAUUUAAUAAACCUAAUCCUGAAAAAAAUACAUCUCUAGAGCUCACAAAUAUUAACACAAUACCAAAAUUAAUAGAUACUAAAAAAACUGAGGCAUUUUGUGGAACCUUGGAUAUGUCUGAUGAAGACGAUCAAAAUGUUUCUUUAAUACCAGGAUCCAUAGCAGAACGAGAGCACAAAAAAUGGUAUAAUGCUGUUGAAAUGCCAAAUAAUCCAUAUGCCCCUGAAGCUUUGCUACGACGACUUGAUACAGGACCACAAAAGCCAUUGGAUAUACCAGACAAACGUGUUUCAACACCAAUUACUACACCCGAGGAAGAGAAAAUAACUGAAGCAGAACUAAGUGCAAAAAAUGUUGAUUUAUCAAUAUAUAGCCGUGAUUAUUAUGUUCCAUCUCCAACAUCGAAUACAACAAAAAGUAAACUUAUAAAAAUGCAAGUCAUCGAUAGGGAUUCAUUAGAGGACAAAAGUUUAGAGGAAAAUAGUUUUACAUCAUUAUCAGACGAAAAAACACAAACUUUAUCAUUACAAAACAAUAAACACAAUAUUAAUAACACUUUAAAUAACAAAAGCGAUAUAUUUUCGGCUAAAUUAAUUCAAAUUGUUGAUUCAACUGAUGAAGAACAAUGUAAAAAUGUUAACGAAUUAAGAGCAGAUUCAUCACCAUCAGAUAUUUCAUUGACUAAUAGUUUAUCAUUAAGUGAAGAUUCUGAUACAUUAAGAAUUUAUAAUUUAAAUAAACAGGAAACAACAUUAAUAACAAAAGAAAAUCAAUCAAAGCAACAAUAUGGUAUGAUAGAGGAAUUAGAACAAAAUAAUAAUAUGACGCGAACGCCACCAAAUACUCCUAUAACACCAACAACAACACCAUUACCGACACCAAAGACACGACCAAAUGAAUUGAAAUUAUCAUCAGCAUCUAGUCAGUCACCCUGCAAAACUGGUAAAACAGCAAUGGCUUUAACACCACAAACUUUUAAAUUUUUACACCCGAAACGUAAAAUAAUUGAACCAUCUCAGAUAAUGACACAAGAACAAUAUUCAACACCACCCGAAACCCCAGAUAAGCCAGUGAUUGAAGAAGAUGUUGUGAACUCAUUGCCAUCAGUUAAGGCGCUAGCGAGAGCUUUUUUAUUAACGUCAGGAGCGACAACAAUUCCUGAUGACAUUUCAACUAUGUCAUUAACCGAACCUAAUAAUAAUGAAAUAAAAAUUGAAUGUAGAAAAAAAUCACCACUUGAAGAAAGUUCAUCAGUUCCAGUACAAGAACCUUCAGUUAAACAAAUAUACGAUGGGAAUCAAAAUAAUUUGAAAAAUCUUGAAAGACCAAUAAGCCCAGUUUUGAAACCAGGAAAACUGAAAGAUAACAUUGCUUUCUUUGAAAAUUUAAAGAAACAUUAAUGAUUAUUUUGAGGUCUUCAUAAAAAUUUUUAAUAAAAAAACCAAUACAAUUACUAAUAAUAAGCUAUGCAUUCAACAUAAGUAUAGUUUUCAUAGUUAUUUUUUUUUUCAAAAUUAUUGUUUAAAAAAGAAAAAUGUAAUUUUUUUUAAACGUGCAUAGAAUCAAAUUCAAAUUAAUAUUUUAUAAGAAAGUAGCAGUAUUAGAAAGAAUAAAUUUCACAAAACGUGUGGGAUUUCAUAAAAUAAUUUGGGCGAAGCUACUUAAAUCAGAUAUCAUGAUAUUAAAUAUAUAACUAUAUUAACUAAACAAUUUAAUAUUAAAAAAUAGUUAAAUGAAUGAAGUUAUAAAAGUAUUUAGCUUCCAAAUACAUAAUUUACUUACAUACAUAAUUAGGUUGCAUACUGGUUACAAAAUGUGAACUUUGCUUCAUUUAUCUGUUUCUUUCCACGCUAUUUUUAUCUUCUAGAGUAUCUAAUUCAUUUCAUAAAUUAAUAGAAAACAUAUCUUUGAAUGACUCAUUGUACUCCUAUAAAUUUGAUAUUUCGGCAAAUAUUUCCAAUUUCAAAAUUUAUAUGGUUUAUAUUCAAUCACUUGUUAUUCAAACAUAUUUGAAUUUUACUAUGCAUUCUUUCUUAUUUUUACCUCCUGGAUUGAUUAUCUAAAAGUAAAUUUAAAUUAUCAAAUAUAAUUAAUACGAAAAAUUAAAGGAUACGAAAAUUAAAGUUAAUUAGGUGAAAUAGUUGGCCAUAAUGAUCAAGAGAUCAGAUAGAGCAACGAAUAAUAAUCGAAAAAAUAAAACAAAUUUAAUAUAAAAAACGAAUUGGAUACUCGUCAUGAUAAAUGAAAUCUAAAUAUAAAAUUAUCAGAUUAAUUUUACGUAAUUUUUUCUCUAUAUUGUUGUUUUAUUCUAAUUUAGGUAUAUUAAACCAAUGUACUUUAUAUUUAUUUAAAAUUUUGAUUAGAAAACCAUUUUGGUAACCAAAACUUAAUUAUGUAAUGAAAUCUAAUAAUUCAAAAACCAAAGCGAAAAAAAUCUAUUCACUAAAAAAUGUGCCAUUAACACUUUAAUUACACUUCAGAUUUAAUAAAUACUCUAAAACAAACAAGAUUAUUUUAGAAUCGAUAUUUAUAUAUAUAAUUAUUUUUAUAAAUCUUAUAAACUUUUAAUGUUUUUUAUUUAAAGAUGUUUGUAAAUACAUAUAAAAUUUAUAAUUAAUAGAUGCAGUUGAAAAUGAAGAAUAAAAUUACCUUAAUCCAUUGAAAGUUAUAUUCAU